AUGGCUAUCCUCAUGCAUACAACGAAGCGAAAGAUCCUGAUACCCGAGAAAGUGUCGCCAGAUGGCUUAGCAUUAUUGAAAGACCAAUUUGACGUGGAUGAGAAGAAGGGACUGACCCCAGAAGAGCUCAAAAAGAUCAUCGGCGAAUAUGAUGCUCUCAUCGUGCGUUCUGAGACGAAAGUAACAGCAGAGCUUUUAGAAGCUGCGAAGAAGAUGAAAGUUGUCGCACGUGCCGGUGUGGGUGUUGACAACGUCGAUGUCCAAAGCGCCACUUCACAUGGUAUCAUUGUAGUGAACUCACCUUCUGGGAACAUCAAUGCCGCGGCGGAACACACUAUCGCGCUAUUGAUGGCUGUAGCUCGCAACGUUGGAGAUGCUUCACAAAGUAUCAAGGCUGGGAAGUGGGAACGAAGCCGACUAGUUGGUGUAGAGGCGAAAGGAAAGACCCUCGCUAUUGUCGGUCUGGGAAAGGUUGGACUCACGGUCGCUCGCAUCGCGAAUGGCCUAGGCAUGCGUCUCAUUGCGUACGAUCCUUAUGCAAACCCAAACCUAGCAGCAGCAGCCUCGGUCACACUCCGUCCAAGUCUCGCUGAGAUUUUGAAAGAAGCUGACUUUCUGACACUCCACACUCCUCUGAUUGCGUCAACCAAAGGCAUGAUCAGUAAAGCAGAACUAGAGACAAUGAAGCCAACUGCCAGAAUUCUCAACGUAGCGCGAGGUGGUAUGAUCGACGAAGAUGCCUUGGUCGAAGCUUUGGACGCUGGCGUCAUCGCCGGAGCAGGGAUUGACGUGUUCACCUCGGAACCACCAGAGCAAAAUUCGUCAGCUACACGUCUGAUUGCCCAUCCAAAGGUGGUAGCGACACCGCACCUUGGUGCAUCCACCAAAGAAGCUCAAGAAAACGUCUCGAUCGAUGUCUGUGAGCAAGUCGUCUCCAUCCUCAGCGGUGAGCUACCACGCUCAGCUGUCAACGCACCAAUCGUCCUACCUGACGAAUACCGAACCCUUCAACCUUUCAUCAGCCUAGUCGAAAAGAUGGGUAGCCUCUAUACCCAGCACUACUCCUCGGCGAAGACAGGUUCCUUCCGCACAACAUUUGACCUCAUCUAUGAGGGCAAACUUGCCGCAAUCAAUACAACAAAGCCCCUCUUCGCCGCCUUAGUAAAGGGCCUCCUUACCCCCAUCACCUCAAGCGAUGGUCUGAACAUCAACAUUGUCAACGCCGAGCUACUUGCCAAAGAACGCGGUAUUCUCAUCAACGAACAACGUUCGCGCGAAAACGUAGAAGACAAGCCCUACUCUUCCUUUAUCACCCUACGUGCCCGCGCGUCUCGCUCUGUGAGUCAACAACCCCGCUCCAGGAACGUUUCUCCGUCUGCUGCACGCAGCCUUCAACAAGGUACGAGCGACAAUGACGACCAGAUUAUCCAAGGGUUUGUCUCUGGAAACAAACCCUUCAUCUCUCGCCUUGACAAGUUCAAAGGCGAAUUCGUACCCCGUGGAACACUACUCAUAUGCCGAAACUUCGACUCGGUGGGUAAGAUCGGAUAUGUAGGCAACCUUCUGGGCAAAGCGGGUGUUAAUAUCAAAUUCAUGAACGUUGCACCCUUGGAUGAGGAAGUAGAGGAGAGAUUGAAUGAGCAAAACGGUGAAGGAGAGGGGAGUAAAGAAGCGCUGAUGAUUCUGGGUGUGGAUAAGCCCGUUGGAGAGGAUGUGUUGAAGAGGUUGAUUGCAGAUGAGGGGGUAUUAGAGGCUAGCGUGGUGAACUUUUGA